AUGUCUCUUUGCUAUAGAUUCAAGCAGUUUUGGUUACUUUUAUUCAACGGUUUGUGGGUUCAGAAAGAAGAGAAGUUGAACUCUUGCAAAUCGCAGAAAACAAAAAAUGCUAUUAACGACCGACAAGUGGAGCUGAAAGGUGCAAGGAGGGAAUUUUUGGGCGCGGAACGAAAAACUGACGAUGUGAUUGAUUGUCAGCUUGUUUCUCAUGGAGUUAAAUUCUCCAAUAAAGAAGAAAUGGAAGGUUUCGAUUCUAAGAUGGACGAAAUGCAUGAUAUAUUCCUUAAGGAACUUUCGGAAAUAAAGCGACAACACGAACGACUACAAAUUGGUAGGGUUAUUCUCAGCAGACGUGUGUCAGAAUUAGAACAAAUCCUGCAAACAGACAUUAAAAGCUUUACAAGCUCCGAUAUAAAAUCGUUUAUGGAAGAUUCGUCAUUAUCUAGUGAAGAGCUACAGCUUUUGGCCGAGAUGGAUGAAAUACUAGAAAUGCUUGAAAAAGAACGGCAAGAACUUCUAUCGCUUGAAAAAUAUUUAGACAUUGAAGUGCGUGAAAGAACGUACUAUCCAGAACCUGUAAUGCAUCGCCACAGAAGGCUGGAAGAUGACUUUUCAAGGCAGAUGAAACUAGACGGUGGUUUGAAAUACGAGAGCUUUGACAAAACCGUUCAGUUCAUAACUUAUGGUUCGCUUCCACCGCCCCUGUCGCUAGGUGAUCUGUUGGAUGUGCCGGAUAGAUAA